CGAAUCUUUACACAGAUCUUAUCCAAAAUUCACCCAAACGUACAGCAACAGAUGUGUCAAUGAAGACACCGGACACCAAAGCGAAGCUACUCAAUAAUAUUAGUCUCUCCAAGCAUCUGUCUUCGAAGAAAGGCGGCUCUCGCACUAGCAACUGCGGCAAUUGUCUGGAAUUCUCCGUGCUCACUCGCCUGUCCAGUGUGCCCUGAAUCCCCGCUAAAAGACCAGC